AUGACCUCCGCAAGGGGCACACAGCAACGAAUCCACCGCGGCAAUUGCGACGAUAGCAACAACUUUCAGUUGUGCUCUCAGUUGGCGUCCACGUGGGGCGCUGAACAUCGCUGUCUAGCUGUUGCCGCUGUGGAUGAAGGUGCUGAACGUGCCGUCUGCGUGGAGGGCGUCGCAAGGGCUAUCUUGUCGGGGAUAGUCCUGAUGAUCGAUCAAGCUGCCGCCCUUAGGAAGAAGAACAGAGCAAGUGUCCGGACGUCGGAGGCGAACAGUGAUCUGGCGCCCGUGACAACUGGGCCGGUCGAGGAUCUGUUGGCAAUGAAGACCUUGUUGCGAUGUCACAAGAGGUGA